AUGUCUUCUUCUCGUGAACAACAGUCGCUAGAUUCGGAAAGCGCAGUUGAGUCCCAGAUCACGUACGGUGCUACCAAGUCUGACGACGAGGAGACCGUUCUGUCUGUUUCUCCAGCUCUGCCCCCAAAUUUCUUCUGGAUCGAGUGCUCUCUGCUUGCAAACGUCUUUCUUGCAGCGGCCAACACCGCGUCGUGGAUCACGUCGUCCUACCUCAUCACCAGCACUGCUUUUCAGCCUUUAUAUGGGUCUUUCUCCGAUGUCCUUGGACGGCGAGUGUGUGUGAUCGGAGCCACAAGCUUUUUCAUUCUGGGUUGUCUUGGAUGCGGCAUCUCGUCCAACAUCUUUGUUUUGGACGCCAUGCGUGCCGUGACAGGCAUAGGUGGAGGCGGCCUCAUCACGUUGGCAACCAUCGUCAACUCAGAUCUCGUGGCUCCAGAAAAACGAGGGAGCUGGCAGGCCUUCCAAAACCUGCUGCUGGGAUUUGGAAGCAUCUGCGGCGCCUCUCUGGGCGGUGUUAUAGCAGACACGCUCGGCUGGAGAUGGUGUUUUCUCGCGCAGGUUCCCGUCGCUCUGGCUGGCCUCGUUAUUGGAUACUUCUAUAUUCACAACCCCAAACCGCCCCAUGUGCACGUUUCUGUCCACAUGUUUGACAAAAUCGACAUUAAGGGCGCCACGGCGCUUGUGCUGUCGCUGGCUUUCCAGAUGGUUGUGCUUUCUCUCGGCGGAAACGAGUUGAACUGGUCUGAUUACAGGCUGCUACUUAUGCUUGUCUUGAGCAUAGGACUUCUCUUUCAUUUUGCACUUAUUGAGCUGAGAACUUCUGCCAUACCCAUCAUCCCUCCUGCCCUGCUCCAUUCCUCGUUCAGCUACAUCAUUUUGGGAAUAGGCGUGUUUCUCGGAAUUUCCAGCUACGCGUAUUUAUUUGUCCUGCCGUUGCUCUUCCAAAUAGUCUUGGGCGACACGGCCUCCCAGGCGGGCUUGCGACUCACCAUUCCGGCACUCUUUACGCCUGUUGGUGGCCUCAUUGCAGGCGUUUUGAUGAGCCGCAAAAAAUACAGUCUUUUUUCUCUCGUCGUUGCCGGCUGCACACUCAUGCUUUUCGGAAAUUUCGUCACAUUAUUUAUUCACAAGGGCGUCAACCAGUGGGUGACAGGUCUCUGCUUGAUCCCCGCCAACGUGGGGCAAGGAUUGGCCUUCCCCACGUCGCUCUUUUCGUUCAUUUACAAUUUUGACAGAGACAAACAGGCAAUAGCCACGUCCACCGCAUACCUCUUCCGCAGCAUGGGCUCGGUGUGGGGUGUCACCGGGUCCGCCGCCAUCAUCAAGCGUGUUUUCGCACGCAGAUGUCUGUCAAGCCUCCAUCGGGUGCCGGGACUCUCCGAACACCAGAUUAGUACGAUCAUCAGAACAGUGUCCAAAGACAUCUCGCAGAUCCAGCAUCUGGAGCCACAAGUCCGCAGUGUUGUUCAGGGCAGUUACGAGCGUGCCAUCCGAUUCGCGCAAUUCCUUUCUUGUUUGUGCUGUCUCGCUUGUUUGGUGCUUGCUGGCGUGAAAAAGGCUGCCCGCAUACGCUCACGGUCGUCAUAUGACGAAUAG